ACGUCAGAAAAACCUGAGCAAAACUCAGGAGCCCAGCCGUGCUAUGUCACCACAGGACGCCACCCACCCUGGAGCCUCCUCCAAUCACCCGGAUGCCCAUAUGCGCAAAGCGCUGCUCAGUCACAGAACCGUGAAAACGAGAGAGGGGAGAACACGAUCAGUUCUCCCGGCUGACCCGCUUUAACGCGUAAUGACACAGGGAUAAAACACCCGAAGCAAUUAGACUUAAACUUUCUUUGGGUUUUUUUUUGCUUGUUUGUUUGUUUUGUUCUGGGACGAUUUUCAGUCAACGAUUUAUUCUCUUCUUUUUUUUUUCUUUUUGUCUGUCUAUCUCGCCUUGUUUCUCUGAACGUCAAAAGGCUCCGCGGCUUCAAGUUACACGUUCAGGAGCGAAGCUGCAAGUUUCAAUUGGGCAGACCUUUGGAGGCGGCUGGCCCACAAGCAUGGGAUUAUUCGUCAAAUGUGGCGAGAAAAUAAGGAUCUGCUCCGGAACGAUGUGAGACGUUGCGCGUCUUGGAUUCUCACGUUUUUGGAUAUUUUGAAAAUCGUUGGCAACAGUUGAGAAGAGAGGGGAAGAAAUUGUCUUUUUUUUUUUUUCUAAAAAAGAAAAAAAAGGAUUGGCGUGUACGUUCAUAUUGCUUCAACCUUGGGACCAGCAAUGGAUUUACACCCCCUGGCCCCUGUUUUCUGAGAAGUUCCCGCAGUUUUAUUGUCUUUCUUUUUUUUUAUCUAAAUAAAGUUUUUUUGUUGUUGUCUUUUUUUUUUUUUUUGCUGAAGAACAAAUAGCCGCAUCGGCUGCUUAAAAGUUUUGGAACCCGUCGCUCAGCCAUUGCUUUAUAUUGGACUGGAUUUCCAACACCAUGAACUUUAUUGACAGUUUGACACUAUUAUUUUUGACGCUGUCAGCUGUCAAGAGUGCCCACAUACCGAAGGAAACAGAGAGAGGUCCACAUGACGUGAUCCCCUUGAGGGAGGUGUACAACAAGAGUUUGUGUCAGCCCCGAGAGGUGCUGGUGGAUAUCCUGCAGGAGUACCCGGACGAGGUGGAGCACAUCUUUAUACCGUCCUGCGUGGUGCUGAAGCGCUGCGCCGGCUGCUGCGGCGACGAGAUGAUGCAGUGCACCCCGACAGCCACCUAUAACGUCACAAUGGAGAUUAAAAGAAUAAAACUACAAAGGCAACAAAAUGACGUUUAUAUGAGUUUUAUAGAACACAGCGCAUGUGAGUGUAGGGUAAAGACAGAAGUCAGAGAAAAGAAAGAAAAAAAACUCCGGAAAGGCAAAGGCAAAGGCCUAAAGAGAAAGCGAAAGAAAGACCUUGACAAAACAAUUCACGAUGCUGUCUGUGAGCCAUGUUGUGAUAACUGCACAGAGAGGAGAAAGCGUUUGUUUGUGCAGGAUCCUUCGACCUGCGGGUGCUCCUGCAAACACACAGUUCAAUACUGUAAAGAACGCCAGCUAGAGCUCAACGAGAAGACCUGCAAGAUUUGAAAUAACUUGCCCCCCUUGCUUUCUACUGCUGAAACUCCUGCAGAUGUGACAAGCCGAGAAGAUGAGAGAGGUGCCAGCACCAGAUGUGCAAGAUGAAGGAACAUUUUAAAGAUAUUUCACAGCACAGCACUUUGACCUUUAUACCCUAAGCUCUUUUCUGUGGAAAGCAUUCCCCCUGGACUGACAGAACAAAGAGAAAGACUGAAGUUUCCUCUCUCUGUAUAUCUGUGUGUAUAUAGAUCAUAUCAAAAGAAAAAGAAAAAGUACAGAUGUGUUAUGCUGCUACAGAAACAAAUAACUAAAUCCAUCAUUUGACUAAAAGCGAAAUAGCCGACAUGUGGUUUUGCAUUUCUAACAGGCUUUCGACGCAGAUGUGGUCUUAUUGUCAAUUCAUUGUAUGCGAUUACUUCACUGGAUACAAGUCUACUGUGGUUGUAUGGCAGUCAUAACAAGCAAAACCUCCAGACAUAUUUAACUUCUAAACCAGCGGCUAAGACUGAAGAAGACGUGGGUGUGCUCUGCUUUCUAAAAUGAUGGAUGACCUUUUGCUGGCUGACGCUUUUGGAGAAAAAGGACAUGACAAAUGGGACAGCGAAUGGAAAACUGUCCCUGCUUGAGGUCGCUACCCUCUGAGGACAUUGCAGGACUCAUGUGGACUUUCGCAUGGCCAAUGUUGCGCUCGGACGGGACUCUGGAAUGAUGGUGCCAUAUACUUUCAAAGGGAUACUGGUCGUUGGUAUAGCAUUUAACGUUUUUCAAUGUGCUACAAGAAAACCACUGAAAUAUCCUAUAUACUGUAGUUUGAUUCCAUUUGAAAACUGUGCCUCACACUAUGUACUGAGAAAUCCUUUGAGUGCUUUUUAAAUUAUUUUUGUUUCUUUUGUCAAAGUAGUUGUACACACUACAAAAAUUAAUUGAUUAUACAUCUUCUCUGUGUACAUAGGUAAUAUCUCUUUAUCCCGAUGUCCAUUCUAGAUAAUUUAUAAUGUUAUAGAGUAUUUUUCAGUAUUCAUUCUUGUACACAUAUUUAAUUGGGUCUAUUUAUGUAUGCUGUGUUAUGUACUUGUAGCUCUUGCCCUUUUUUCAUGUGUAAGGUCACUGAUGGCUACUCUCAGCAUGGAGGCUCUGUGCUUUUCUAUAAAACAAGUAAAAAAAAAGAAACAUUAUAUGUUAACAUUCCCUAAAUGGAUUAUUUGUACUGCCUUACCAAUGACGUCUCUAUUUCAGCCCUUUCUCAUCUAAAGGGGCGGAUGUCAUGUAGAGUUUUAACUUUUCUGAGUUUGUCUACUGUAUGAAUGUGUGUUUGAAUGAAUGUGAUCUUAGGAGUUACUAAAUUGUAUUUAAGAAAGUAGCAGAUUUGUUCUGUUCAUUGUGAGAAAUGGAAAUACAAAUAAACUACUGCUAGCAGCUAAGCAUAAACUAUCAUAACACAACCACAAAUUUAAAAUUGAAUCUCCAUUCUGACCGCCAUCAGUCUUAGACCCUCUAUUAUAAGAUAUUUUUGUGUCUUCUACACUAUUAACAUGUUUUUUGUGUCGUGUAAAACAGUAAACAUAUUUAUUUUCAA